AUGGGGAAAACAACAACAAACAACCCAACCCAUAACCCCAUCACGCCAGUGACAGGGGCUAACAGUGUUAAAAAAACAAUAACUGUGAAUAAAAAUAAUGAAAAAAUAGUGCAACCAUUAAUAACAAAGAAAGUUAUUAAUGAAGUGAGUGGUAAUUGCGAAAUCAUAAAUAAUAGUGAUGCAAAUGAUGAUGAUAUGGAAAAUCCAUAUCCAUCUACAGGAAAUUCAGGCUAUGGAAACUACUCUGGCACGUCAAAGAAGCGACCAGGCAGUCCAAUUAACAUUGAACAGGUAAUACUUGAUAAUGUCAAUAAUGAACAUAGAUAUUCACAAAGCUUAAACAAAUUAGAAGCAAAGAAAAAAAUUAAAUCAGGAUCUAAUAGCAACAUCAAUGAGAACAAGAAUACCCAAAUCAGCAGCAGCAACAAUAAUAAUAAUAAAACCAUAGUGCCUAUAAAAUAUACAGAAAAAGACGAAGGCCCAUAA